UGCAUUCUGCGCGACCGGCAUAAAAUAGAAAGUUGUUGUUCAUUUCGACUGCAACCAACGUCAUUGGUAGUUUACUUUUAAGAAUUUUUAACAUUCAUUGUCAUUUGUGUUUUCUUGAAGUUGUAAGAGCACUGCAAGAAUCCAGGAGGGUUAUGAAAACAUCACCAGAAACUUUUUUUAUCACCAAAAUCUCCUACAAGAAAGCUUUUCUAAAAAUAAUUAAGAAUUGGUGGAAGAAAACAUUCAACAACAAUGAUUAAAAAUAUUCUACAUUCAAGUGAAAUACUUUUGUUUCGAGAGGAUUUUUCCUCUAAAUAUAAGAUUACUAAUUCAUUUUUUCUGUGCAUCAAGUAAAAUGGAAAGAAACUAAAACAUAAAACUGACUUUUGAAGGUCAAAGUGAUGACUAAUAACUGGAAAGAGAAGAGGGAGAAGAGACGAAAAUCUGAAACCAUGCGACCGGCAUGCACAAUUGAAAUAUGUUCUUUUUGUCAGUGAUCAGCGUCAAGAGUAGAUCACUUAAAAAAAUUCGAAAAUUAAUUCUCGAAAUAUUUAUAAAUUGUGAGUGUUUGUGAAUACGUGAAUCGAGGAUCGAUGAGGAUUUUAUUGACAAUUCUUCACCUUCAGUGAUCAAUUCAGAAAAAAUGAGUACAUCUAAAAGUUUGAAAGAUUGUCCUGAUAUUGUAAAAAUUCUGAAGAAAACAUUAUUGACAGAAAAUUUCAAGCCGAAAUCAAUUAAUAGUACUCUUAAAUUAUAUUCAAAGACAACUCUAGAGCUAUAUGAAAAAACAAUUCAGGAUUGGUGGAAGUUUUGUAAAAGAGAAAAAUGUGAUUUUUAUGAUGGCUCAGCGUCUGAUAUAAUAGACUUCUUAACGGAAAUUGGCGAGAAGAGUAAUCAAAAUCAGAAGACAAUUGAAAACAGCAAGUCAGCGUUAUCAGCAAUAUUAGGCAAAACUUCACCAUUUUGGAAAUUUGUCUCUCAGGAAAUUUUAGCUGAAGGAUUCGAUGAGGAUUCUACAGACGAUUGCUCAUCUACAGACGAUUAUUCAUCUACAGACGAUUAUUCAUCUACAGACGAUGGUUCAUGUACAGACGAUGGUUCAUGUACAGACGAUGGUUCAUUUACAGACGAUGGUUCAUUUACAGACGAUUAUUCAUCUACAGACAAUUGUUCAUCUCCAGCGAAGAAAUUCAAAAAAACGGAUGAAUCUGAAAGUUUGAAAGAUUAUCCUGGUAUUGAACGAAUUAUCAAGGAUACAUUGUUGAAAGAAAAUUUCUCGAAGGAAGCAAUUAAUAGUACUCUUGAUUUAUAUUCAAAUACAACUUUAGAGCUGUACGAAAGAACAAUUAAGGAUUGGUGGAAGUUUUGUGGAAGAAAAAAUUGUGAUUUUUUUGAUGGUUCAGCGUCUGAUAUAAUAAAGUUCUUAACGGAAAUAGGAAAGAAGAGUAAACAAAAUAUGUCCACAAUUAGAAACAGCAAGUCAGCGUUAGCAGCAAUAUUAGCCAAAACUUCACCAUUUUGGAAAUUUGUCUCAAAAGAUUUUACUGAUAGAAAUAAAGCUAAAGUUCCGUUAUAUAAGAAUGUCAAGGUAGAAAAGAAGAAGAAGAAGAAGAAGAAGAAAUAAAUUUGUUUUCAUUUUAUGAAAAAUAUUAUAUAUGUUUAUAUUAAAAAUAAAUAUAUUUUUCUUCCUCAUA